UUCGCCAGGAUCGGGUAAAGCUAGUAAAGUGUGGGUAAAUCGGGGAAAAUUGCGAUCCUAGUUAGACUUCAGUCGGAGUAAGUGCCAAGUACAGAGGUAGGAAGAAAGAGGAGAUCCAUGGCGUCGGCGGCAGGUUCGACCGCGGCCGUUCCCUUUUGGAGGGCAGCGGGCAUGACUUAUAUCAGCUAUUCCAACAUCUGCGCGUCUCUGGUUCGGAAUUGCCUCAAGGAGCCUCACAGGAGCGAAGCCUUAAAUCGCGAGAAAGUUCACUUCGCCGUCUCCAAGUGGGCUGACGGCAAAGCUCUGAAACCCACAAUGCGGUCGGAUACGCCUGAAGAGUGAAAGGAAGGGAGUGGCACUCGUCUUACAGGCAUUGGAAUAAUGUUUUACUGUUUUGUUGGAGUGAUAGUUUUACUUUCUGGGAACUUAAAAGACAACUCACGUUUUGGGUUUGGAAGUACAAUGCACUUGCAAUAAGAUAAUUUCUGUUAGUCGCACUUUUGAA